AUGCCUGUUGAUAAUGCCAACAGGAAUUUCGAGCGGAAUCGGGAGAACAGGGCUCGACACCGUAGAUUCAAGGGCACGAAUGUUGAGUCGAUGCACGAGGGCGCCAGCAGAGCUUCAGGAGUCCACCGACGCUCGCGCAUAGACAUGCCCACACGAGGAGCCAAGAGCAUGAGUAAUCUCGCCUCCAUCGACAAAGAGAACUCCACGGAACCCACCAACAACGUGGCGGCUGGACUCACAGCUUUCACAAGACUCUUCAAAUGGUGGCGUCACCCUUCAAGUAGCCGUGAAACUCCACCUGGCACGACAACCCAUGGAAAGGUUUCCGACAUUGAACCCAGGAUAUCACCCACUCGAUAUCAUCAGCAACCUCCACCACAACAGUCAACACACAUCAGCAAGAAGAAGGACUGUCUUGGGUAUCUGGGAUUAGGAGAGUACGUGGAUUCGAUGGGUGGAGGCUUCGAGGAUCCCGAUGUGACUGGUGGUUCCCCACAGCCUCAGGGAAAAUCGCGAUCGCUAAUCGACAUUUCGAUGUCUAACUUAUGGGGUACUGAGGACGAGGAAACAGACGAGGCCGGUCAGAGUGGAUCCAGUGGCCCCGAGGAAUCACGCAAAAGUUCCUCCACCUCCGAAAGGCGACCAACCCUGCUCUCAAGCAUUGCUAGACUCAUCCCCUAUCCCCCGACUGCUCCCAACCUCGUCCAAUUUAUGGACAGCCCUGAGACUUCUACAGAGCUCUACGAAAACAUGGAAACUACCUUCUUUGGAAAUUCUGAGGAGCGCUGGUCAAUGCCGGCACUGGUCAUUACAACGUGCGCGCACAUGCAACGAGGAGAUAUGUUCAAUGUGAGCAAUCAACUUAUAAAAUUUAAAUACCUUUGUGAAAUUUUAUGCCUCUCGAACUUGUCACAGCCUCCUGCCACUGCUUCCAAAAACGACACAAUUCACUGUGUUUCGGAUUAUAUGGCCGAGUUGAAACUGACAGCCAAUUGGGCAAAGAAUAUGAGGAACCUGUGCGACGCGGAGCUGCGAAGGUACAAGUCAGCCGGCAUAAGCAAGCACCAGAGGCGGCUCACGGUGCCGAGUUUGGCGGGGAAGGCGGAGAACGAACUGGAGUUGAGGGAUCUCUGCUCGGAUUUCGCCGCCUUCCUAGAUGGCUUCGACACCUUCCUCGCACAGACGAAGGAAGAUCUACGUGGAGCACCGAUUAGCGCCAUACUGGUUGCUGGUCACAACGAAAAACUUCUCUCAAUGAAGAACCUCUUUCCAGUCACAAUGUCCUUCACAACGGCAGAGACGCCUAAGCUCUCUUAUCGCAAACUUGUGUGCGAAGCUGCCGUCACGGCUACUAUAUCCCUUGCUGGAAAGGCCCAAGAGACGCACACGGAACUGCUCUCCUUCCUCUUCAACGACUCCAUUAUCCUCGCUAAGUGUCGAAGUAAAAAGACCUCUGUUACCGGCAAAUGGGCAACAAAAAGUAGCCUUUUGAAGCAGACAGCCACUUUCGAGACGCUGGUACGACUUCCACUCCUCUUUCUUGGGAUCCAGCCCCAGGUCGAAACCGGAGUUGAUGCCGCAGCCAAGGUAACACCAAACCCCUGCUCGUCCAGUUCCGGUAUCUCAUCAGCCACCAGUACCGAGGAGGACAUGGAUCCGAGUGAGAAUGGAUCGGCUUCUGGCAUUGAAGACGCGGCUUUUGUGAUUGGUUUCUGGUGGCCCCUGGGAAAUCGAUGCCAGUUGAACUUUGGCGACGCAAGAGCUUGGAUCAGUUGGAAAACGUGGUUUUAUUCCACGAUGGAACAACUCCAGGGAUCCUUCACAAACCUCACGUUUCCAGUCAAAGUGCAAAACGAUGUUGCACCUAAGAAGGUUGGUCUAUCACAAGUUAACUUCAAGUGCGUGCACAAAUACUUGCCAAUUGGAGCUAGCAUCACCGCUCGCAAAUUGAAAGAGAAAGCGCUUGCCUCGUGGAACGUUGCCUGCCAACUAGAAGAGACAGAAAUUUUCGCCACGUUCACAGAACCAAUCAAAGGGACCAUGGAGAUUCCUCUUUCGGACGCAAUGCUUGAACUUGUAGACGAUGAUCGGCCCUUCCUCCUGGUUCUAUACAUCGCGGCAAUCACUGGCGACAAAGUAUCACCUUCGAAUGAAUCUCUCGACUUGUCUUCGCCUGACCAAGUGGAACAGACCGUCACACUAAGAACUCUCAACUCUUCGCUUUCUCCCGAUCGAAUUCCAGUGGCCUUCAUUAUAAGAAGUAAGAACACGGCUAAUGUUUUUUGUCACAACGCUGAAGUUGGAGCUUUUACUUUAGAUAAUCUUGCCUUGUUUGUUCAGAGCGACAGCAACUCAAAACAGCCGAAGUUGGUCGUAGAUCAGGACGUAUUUGAACCCCUGAAACUUCUUUUCGACCCUCCAAAAUCAAAUGUCAGUCUCGAUGCUAAUCGGAAUCAUCGUCACCCCCUCAAGACUGGCCUCAGUCUUUCUCAGAGCACGCACAACCUUGGGGCUGCUGAGCUAAAGGAGGAACAGAAGGGAAGGGGUGGUGUCGCGGGUGGCGGGAAGGGACGUUCGCGUUCCCGCCUUCGACUCCAUUUGAGCAGAAACAACCUAUCUAGCACUGACAACACGUUUGACGACACCCCAUCACCCCAGUUUGGGAUUUUCGGACGACUGCCCAAGGAAGCAUGGCCUGAUUGUCGCGUGUCGAUGUCCGUUAUGAGUCUCUUUGUGCUGGUCUUCUACAAAGGCAGCCUGACUGAAGGCAUUUUUCGAAAGUCUGUGCAGAAGUCCCAACUGCACGCCAUGAUCCAACGAGUGGACACGGAUGAGAACCCACUACUUGUUGACGAGUGCAGUCCCCUGUAUGCUGCGAACAUUUUAAAAAAAUACUUCAGUGAGAUUCCUGGCCACCUUCUGAUCGACGAAAAGUGGGACGACUGGUGCAAAAUGACGACUUUGAAAUCGGACGAAGAAAUUGCGAACUACGCCAAAAAAAUGAUGCGUGAACUGCCCGACAUCAAUCAAUCACUGCUCACCUUCUUACUGUUUACGCUCGCUCAAAUUCGCGUUAACCAGGAGGUGAAUAAGAUGUCGGUCGAUGCGCUGUCCACGGUUUGGGGUCCUAAUCUGUUGGAGCGGCCGAAUGCCCAACCGUCUGUUGAGGAUUCAAACAUGUGUGCGAGCAUUGCUUCCUGUCUGCUGGGCCAGUUCACUGACAUCUACUGUCUGAAUAGCACCGAAUUUCGCCAAAAGCUCUCUAGCUUCUUCGAUGAGAUCUGGGGACAGAUGAAUCCACCAAACGAGCCCAAACCUGCUCCUGAAGGACUCAGCAUUCUAGAACUGCCAGAGAACAAGGCCGAUGAUGUCAGCGUUUCUGACACCAACACCACCGCGAGUCCCAGGUCAAUGGAAAGGGCGCUCCACCAGGCUCGAUCUCUCGCCAUCGGGUUUUGUGCUGCAUUUUUUUGUAGAAUAAUGGAACCACUACUUGCAAAGGAUAAGCGCAACUCACUGAUAACUCACUCGCUCUCUCAAGACGAGUCACCCGAAGUGAACGUCGGGUUUAGACGCUACCUGAAGACCUUGAAAAAGGACUCAAAAUCUUGCAGUAGCCAGGAGAGUGCCGAACUCCCUCCCCCUGUGCCCCCUAGAAGUCGACGAAAAAGCACCAGCAACUCUUCAGGGGGUUCUGUUUCACAGGACUCCGAGGUCCCUCCACCGCUGCCCGCGCGAACAUAUGGUUCCCCAACGCAGUUUUUCUCUCCACGAGAGCAGCGCAAGAAAAUGACUAUUCCUCACAAGGAGAAUCUCCAGGUGUCGGGGACCACAGUUGUGGAUAGACGAAGGAGUUUUUCUCGUCGUCGAAACCCUUCUCGUAGUCCCGUUCGCUCGUGCACCAUUGAAAUGACCGGUGAAGGUCGACGCACAUUCAUGAUUGGCGAUUUCUAUAACAGCUUUGCAGGCAUGAGCCUCGAUUCAGACCCAGUGUCUAAUUUAAAAUCACCACUUAUCGAAACAAAGCUGUCUUAUCCCACCCUUUAUCGAUCAACUAGCGAUGUAGAUGCCCAUCCGCUAAAUAAAAUGCAGGCUAUUCAAGGUAAACAAGUGGAUUCUCCAAAUUCGGAAUUCGAAAUGAUUGGUCAGCAGAAUGAAACAGGCGCUUGGAAUACAAUGGAACCUCUAAGAACGACUUCCAGAAACUAUCGGUGCGAAACACGUUGGACCUGUGGCCUGUACUCAGACGCUAACACAGUGGAGAGGGAGGAGGACAGUACUCCCAAAGAUUUAUGGAUCCCUAAAAUAUUACGCCCGCAUUUGGAAGCUCUGCCAUCCAGCACUGGUAGAACGACGGGCGUUCGUCCUCGACCCACUGCCAUCUACGUCGAGGACAAGUCCCAGUUAUUUGUUCCCGUCUUGUCAAGACCUGCUACAAUUGAUGAUGUUCCAGCCGGAAUCUGUCGAAGAAUAAGUUCACUCUACGAGCAGAAAAGAGCCAGUGAAUGCAGUUCGAAGAACUGGUCUCUUCGUUUACCCCUGAUGAGUUUUGAUCAAUUGACAACUUCCUCUGGUGGCUCAACACACCUAAGUCGAGGUAGUUCACACGCGUCAACUGGUUCGAGCACUUCAACGACCGUUGGUCAAAACUGA